UUCUAUUAUUAAUUUACCACAUUAAAAAAUGUUUAACACACAUCGUGAGCAGUCGCUUGAAGAUCAGGUCAAGUCUUCAUUUAAGACUAAGGCUAAGAUGUUCUUAUUCACGAUCGCAUUAUCCAAGGUCGUUGAUUUGAGUCUUCAACUUGUGUCUUGUUACAAGGGCCAUCAAUGCCCCGGUCCAGCCGAGAAGGCUUCAACUGAGGAUAAGUCUAUGGGCGAUUUAUAUGUUACUUUGGAUUCAACGGACAUCAAACUUUCCGAAGCUCAGAUAAGUACUUUGAGGGGUGACCCUCAGCUUCGAGCAUCACUUGCUAACGGCAGUUUACGUGAUGUUCUAAAGACAAUUGCAAUUUCUGAGGACCCUAUAUCAACCAUGGCUCCAUAUAUGGGCGAUGCAACGUUUUCAGGGUUUGUUAAUAACGUACUAGCCUUGUUGGAUUGUGUUGAUCAGACAAAUCAUCUGGACUAAU